AUGCCCGUAAAUAUCUACACUGACAGUGCUGCCACUGUGACCAAACUAAGAAACAAGGACACCACAAACCCCAUCUCUAUCGAUAUUUUCGCUGAAGUUGCAAUAUCAUCUAACAGUUAUGCCGUUAAUUGGAUCAGGGGUCACCAGGGCACUCCGGGAAAUGAAAGAGCAGAUUAUCUGGCACGUAAUGCAACACUGAAUCAUACCAAUCAUCAUGAUUAUGUCCACAUUCCCAAAUCGAAACUCAAGUCACUUGUUUGGAACGAAGCCAUCAAUGCGUGGCAGGCUGAUUGGGACAAGAUCUCAUGUCAGCACAUUACAAAGAGAUUUUUUCCAAGAAUCCAAAACCGUAUGCAGAACAAAUGGAUGCAGCCCAGUCAUGAACUGACGCAAUUCUUAACUGAACACGGACGCUUUCGUGUAUAUCUUAAGAGAUUCCAUCUCAUAGAUAAUGAUCACUGUAAUCUCUGUGGUAUUCAAGAUGGUGUUUUACACUAUCUUUUCAACUGCCCCAUGCUUGAGGAUAUUAGGCAUCGCUGGAGGCAGCAAGUAAAUAUAAACAAUAUGGACUGGCCUGUAAACCCAGACUUCCUUGUUCAUAAUAAAGUAAAUUUUGGCCUCUUCAAAGAACUUAUCAAACUUUAUCUGAUUAGAAAUAAAGAAAUAGAAAAUCUUAUUGUUAAAUGUACUUCCUGUGGAGAACAAAUUAAUCAUCAUAAUUCAUCCUAUGUUCGAAGACAUUUGCAUCUUGGUGUACUUAUAUGUUGUGAUUGCUUUGAAUUUUAUGAUAGUGGUGAAUUUUCUCAUGAUGAAACUGGUGAUAUAUAUUGCCGAUGGUGUGCUCAAGGUGGAAAACUUAUUGCUUGUGAUUACUGUUUAAAUGCAUUUUGUUAUAAUUGUAUUAGACGAAAUUUUGGACGUGGAGAAGUGAGUUGUAUCCAGGAUGCUGUGAAAUGGCAUUGUUACAUGUGUAAUUCUCAAAAACUUAAUGGCUUAGUUUCAUAUUGUUCCAUGAUAUUGGAUUAUAGUCAGAGAAUGUCACGCAAGAGAAGUCCAAAAUUAUCUAAUAAAUUUAAUGAUAAAGUGAUUUGUAUAAAUGAUUUUUCAGAUUUUGAUAAAGGUACGUGGGUACAACAAAGGAUUGAGGAUGUUACCGUCAUUGCUGAAAGUUUAAAAGAACAAGUUCAGUUAUUAAAAACAAAUAUAGAUAAGGAAAAACCAGAAUCAGUAAUUCAGUGUAAUAAAGUGCUAGAUCGAAUUUUAAAUAAAUACAUAAAACAAUUAAGAAAUGUUGUAGGAAAACAGAGUCCUUUUAUUAAAGAUAGAAAUUCACUAAAUUUUCACAGACAGGUUAAAAUAGAAACAGAUGUACAAAAAACAGAAUCAACUGUUUCAAGAAGAAUAAUCGAAGAAAAUGGUUUUGAAAAUUCAUACACUGAUAACAGUAACAGUUCUGAAUCUAGUGAUGAGAAACAUUCUAAAGAUGAUGAAAAUGACGACGAUUAUUCUUUAAAAAGUAAUGAAUUCCAUUCUGAUACUUCAGGUGAGACCAGUGAAGUAGAAGAGAAUGCAGAAAAAUUAGAUGAUAAAGACGCAAAAAGAAAAAAUGAAUGUACUGAAUUAACACAAAGUCUUCAAACUGAUAUUCAUGAGUUGAAAUCAUUCACUUCUAGUUUAAAUAAUAAAACCAGCAAUUCUCAAGAUUUGUCAGUUUAUACUAAAAAAGAAAAUAAAGACUGUAAAACUGAAGAUGAAAUUUUAACAGAUGAAUGUAGUAAUAAUAUCAGUAAUUUAAAUAAUGAUGCUUUUAAUGUAACAGAAUUGAUUUCAUCUUCAGAAAAUAUUUCUAAAAUUAAUAAUGAAUUUAAUUCUGAAAAUAGUAUGGAAAUUGUAAAAAGUAAAAAUGAUGCAGAUAUUCCUGAAGAAAGGUCAGAAUUUAUAAAAAAUGAUGAUGAAAAAGAUGUAGAGAAUACUAGUGAUGUAAAUUCUGAUAAAAUUGAUAGGGAUUUAUCACACAGUUCUUGUGAUGAGAAUGAUGGCAUUGAUGAUCAUAAUAAUGCUGAUAAAAGUAUUUUAUCUUCACAAGAGAAUGUUACAAAUUUAUUACUUACAGAAUCAAAUAGUUCCAUUGACUCUGAACAAAACGUUCAAAAAGAAAAAAAUGAUAAAAAUUUGUCUAAACAAGAAAAACUAAAAACUGAAAAUGAAAAGAUUAAAGAAAAGUUACUGGCUGAUGAUUCUUCUGACAGUGAAACAGAACCAUUUAGUCUUCCAGAAGCAAUUUCAUUAAAUAAAGAGCAUUUUAAUAGUGAUUCUACAACUGAAGUUUCAACUACCCAAUCUGAUUCUGAUGAUUCAAAUACUUCUGAAGAAUCUAAGUCAGAAUAUUCUGAUCAUAAAGAUGAUAAACUUCAAAUGGAUGUGAAAGUACGAAUUGAGAAAGUGGAUGAUAGAACUUUAGAUGAUACAAUUGAAGAUCUUCCAAUGGAUGAACAAAAAUUGGAAAAACCUGAAAAAAAUUCAGAGAAAAAUAAAAAAGACAAGAUAGCUGAUAACAGUUUAGAUAAAGAAAUAGACCGCCUUGCAAUGCUCUCUACUUUAACUACAAAGAGGAAAAGCUUAAUUUCUGAUGAUGAUGAUGAUGAUGAUGAUGAUAAUGAAUCUGAAAACAUCACAAAUUUAGAUAAUGGAAUUAAUAAUGAUGAAAAUAUUGAUAAAAAUGAAAUAUCAAAAAAACGUACACAGAAGAUAAAACGUAGAGAAAUAUUUUCUUCAGACUCAGAGUUUGAUUCUGAUGAACAAAUAUUAGAAAAAUCAACAGAUAUUAUUGAAGAAGAAAAGUUAAAGCUCAAUAAUGUGAUGACAAAAUCUCAAAAUGAAGUAGCAAAAGAAAUGCUUUUGAGAGAUUCAUUAUCAAGUAGUAAUGAUGAUAGUGAUAAAUAUACACCCUAUAUAAAAUAUCAUUCAAUAAAACAUUUUCUUUUUCUAUCCACAGGUGUCAAAUUUAUGUGGGAGGGCACAAUAGAAUCAUUAAAACAAUUGAAUUCUACUCCAGGAUCUGGAUGCAUUUUGGCACAUUGUAUGGGUUUGGGUAAAACAUUACAGGUUAUUGUUUUUACUCAUACAUUAUUGACAAAUGAAUUUACUAAAAAAGUUAUUAGAACUUGUUUGGUCAUAUGUCCAUAUAAUACCAUACUAAAUUGGGCUCAAGAAUAUGAAACAUGGUUGGAUGAAGAUGAACUCAAACUAAGUGUUUUUGAAUUAGCAAGUGUUAAAGACAAUUAUCGCAGAGCUAGUUGUUUGGAAGAAUGGAAAGAAAAAGGAGGUGUCAUGAUAAUGAGUUACGAUAUGUUUCGUCUUCUUGUUCAAGAAAAUAGCAAAAGAAUACCUAAAAAGUUAAAAACUAUAUUUACAUACACACUGUUAGAUCCUGGUCCAGAUCUGGUUAUUUGUGAUGAAGGACAUAUCUUGAAAAAUGAAUCCAGUGCAGUUUCUAAAGCAACAGACAGAAUAAAAACAAGAAGAAGAGUUGUUUUAACAGGGACACCCCUUCAAAAUAACUUGUCUGAAUAUCAUUGCAUGGUACAGUUUGUGAAGCCACAUUUACUUGGCACGAGAAAAGAAUUUUUGAAUAGAUUUGUAAAUCCUAUUAGUAAUGGUCAAUGUGCUGAUUCAACACCUCAUGAUGUGAAAUUAAUGAAGAAGAGAGUACAUAUUCUUCAUAAAUUAUUAGACGGUUGUGUACAGAGAUGUGAUUAUAAUUCACUUACUAGUGUAUUACCUCCUCGUCAUGAAUAUGUCAUUUCAUUAAAAUUAUCUGAUGUUCAAGUGAAGCUUUAUAAACAUUUUUUAGCAAAUUUGGCAAGAGUCAGAAGUGGUACAUUAGGAACUCAAUUGUUUCGAGAUUGUUGUGUUCUUCAACUCAUCUGUACACAUCCUUAUACUUUACAUAUAGAUUGUAUAAGAAAAUCAAACAGGAGAUUUUUGGUAGACUCAAGUGACUCUGAGUCGGGUGUUUCAUUUAUUAUAAAUGAUCGUUCUUUAUCUGAUAUUGAAGCUGAAGUUGAAGCUGAUGAAAUUGUUUGUUUAGAUGAUUCCAAACACAGUACUAGCAAAAAACAAGAGAAAUCUGGUAAUUCAAGUGAAGAUAAUUCAGGAAAUGAAGAUAAUGAAAAAUCAUCAAAAUCUAAAAGUAGAGAUGAGAAAAAAGAAAAAAGAGAAUGGUGGAGUAACUAUAUUAAGGAGGAAGAUGGAACAAGAAUUGAUUUAAGUGGCAAAAUGGUUUUAUUUUUUGAUCUUCUUAAAGAAUGUGAACUUAUUGGUGAUAAAGUAUUGUUAUUCAGUCAAAAUCUUUUAACACUUGAUUUGAUUGAAGAUUUGUUAGCAAGUAUAACUCAGAAUAGAACAGCAAAUUCUACUGAAACAGUUGAAGAUGUAUAUGGUUCUUGGAUUCACGGAAUUGAUUACUUUAGAAUGGAUGGUUCUACUAAUGCUGAUUUAAGAAAACGUUGGAUUGAAAUUUUUAAUGAUGAAGAAAAUACAAGAGCUAGAUUGUUUAUGAUAUCAAAGAAAGCAGGUGGUUUAGGGACAAAUUUGAUAGGUGCAAAUCGUGUAAUCAUUAUGGAUGCUUCUUGGAAUCCCAGUCACGAUAUUCAAGCUAUAUUCAGGGUUUAUAGAUUCGGUCAGAAAAAACCUGUCUAUAUUUAUAGAUUAUUGGCUCAGGGAACAAUGGAAGAAAAAAUCUAUGACCGUCAAGUUACAAAACAGUCAUUGUCUUGUCGAGUUGUAGAUGAACAACAAAUUGAACGUCACUUUAAUUCUGCGGAUUUAGCUGAACUGUAUAUGUUUAAUCCUGACAGUAAGAGUAAACGACCUACUCCAAUGGUUCCUAAAGAUCGACUUUUAGCAGAAAUGCUAAUAAAAAACAGAGACUGGAUUGUAAAUUAUCAUGAGCACGAUUCUUUGUUGCAAAAUAUAUCAGAAGAAGGCCUUACUGAAGAAGAAAGACAAGCUGCUUGGGUGGAAUAUGAAGCUGAAAAAGAAGGAAUUGUUCAAAAUAGAGCUGAAAAAGAAGGAAUUGUUCAAAAUAGUAAUACAGCUAGUUGGAAUGUUCUUGAUCCAAUUAUUCAACAUCAACCUGUGCCAACUCCAUAUCAGAAUCCAGAAACAUAUGGACCAUUACCUGAUGCUCGUAUGGAUAUUGCUAAAGUGGUGGAAAACUUAAAGUUAAGAAGACCUAAUAUGGCUCCAAACGAAAUGAAUUCUGCUUUACUAAGUGCUCUAGUGAUGCUUAGAGCUCAUUACCAACAAUGUCAUGUAAUUGCUGUUCGUCAAAAACAAGAUUAUAUGGCUCGAAAUGAGACUGCUCCAGUGCAGUUAAAUGAAUAUCUCUCAGCCCUAAAUGUGUCUAUUCAACAAUUAACUCAAGUUCUGCAGACAAUAAGAGCUCAGCAGUCGCAAAUACAUCAGGCUCAGCAAGCUGCUGCAGGAAUUAGGUUUCGUAAUCCUCCGUGGAAUCAAAAUAAUCGAAUGAAUCAUUUGAAUAGAGCAAAUCAAACACAGGCAUAUAAAAUAACAUUAACCAGAGGCACACCAUCUCAAGGACAAUCACCAGCUUUGGGAAUAAAUCAGAAUGUUCUACAACAAGGACCUCGAGGACCUACUACAAUUAACAUUCAGUUACUUUCAAACAAUCGCGUACCUGUUAUAACUACUACUAGCCAAAGACUACCAGUAAAUAAUGCUCCAUAUGCAUCAUCUGUUCUGAGAGGUCAUGCUAUUCGACUGGCUGGAAAUAACAUUUUAUUAAACAACAACAACAACAACAACAGGACUACUUUUCGUUUUAGUACCCCCGGAAAUACAAAUGUGCCUCGAUUCAACAUAGGCAACGGAGUAACAAUAACUCCAAUAUCUAACCCACAUCAGUCUCAACACAAUCAUUCAUUUCCACAAGACUCCACUCAAGAACCUGUUAUUACUGAAGCAGAAGACUGUGAAAACCCAGUUCCAAAAAUCCGGCCACAAAGUUCUCAUACAUCAUCUGUUACCAUAACGGAAUUAGAAUAAUAUGAUAAAUUUUUCACGUGAAUUAAAUGUUUGUAUAGUUCUUUCAUCUGUGGCACUUAAAACUUCCUCCAGAAAUGGAUUGAAAUCCAUUUGUGAUGGGAAAUAAACCAUUCCACAAAUACCAAGGAAUAUCAUCAGUUGUAAUGAAUGUGAUGUGUUCUCCCCUACAAAGACAAGAAGUAAACAAUGAUAAGUGUUUAUUCAUUGUAGAAAAUGAAAUUAAUCGUAUAGAUAUGUUUGUUUAAAAAAGUUUUGUUCAUUUUUUUUGUUAAGCAAAUAUAUCAGUAUAUGAACAACGGUGUGAUGUUUGAAAAUAUUUUCUAUAUGCUUUAUAAUUUUAAUCUAAUUUAAACAGUAUUCAAACAUGUUAAGAUAUUUAUAAAAGUACAUUAUAUAUUUAAGUAUAAGUCUUGAAAGCAUUUUUCAAUUUCAGAUCAUUUGCAUUUAUUAAUAUUCAGUUAAAUAUUAAAUCAAAUGAAUACAGCAUACUGUGUGAACUAUAUGAAAAAAAAGGUGAAAAGUGGGAUAUAAUAUUAUUCUGUCAUCAAAAUAACAAUUGUGCCAAUUCUAUAAGUACAGUUAAGUAUAAAUGUUUUUUCUGUGUGCAUAUUUAUUUUUAAAACAUACUUAAACAUACAUUGUACAAAAAUAAUCAUCAUUUCUUUUUUACUUUUGAACAUUUAAGUUCAAUAGAAUAGUGAAUACAAGAAACUUUUCAAAAUGCCAUAACUUGUCAAAAAUGUUUUAAUUUCUGCAGACACCAGGCAGUCAUUUUAAUCAAC